ACUGACGUAUGAGGGUCGAAAGCAAAACAUAAGCAUGUUCUGACUGAGUGUGUGUCAUUCAAGGGGGCUGUUUCGUAAAUUGUGGAAUGAUUUCUUAACCUUAUAACGGGUUCACGUUAAUAUAUUGACAUGGCCCAUCCUUAUCUGUUGCUGUCCAGAAGUUGUCAAACAUUAUACCGCAGGUUGUCAUACAACAGUCAGGGAAUACCCAGUUGCAUUAGAGUGCUGUCUGAACAAUUUGGUAGUAGUUCAUCAGCUGUAAAAAGAUGCAGUUUCCUGUCUGACAUUAUUGCCACCUAUAGAAGAUACUGCUCACAGCCACCAAAGGGGUUUGAAAAAUACUUUCCUAAUGGUAAAAAUGGCAAGAAAGUUACAGAUGCCAAAGAGUCGCACAUUGAAGCAAAAGAGUCAAAGCAGUCAAAUUCUCGGAGCUCAUCAGGAAGUAAUGACGGAGGACAAGGAGGGAAAAGGAGGGGAGGCAAAAAAGAAGACACUAGCUGGUGGUCCAGAUUGCAAAAGGGUGACAUUCCAUGGGAUAAUAAGGAAUUCCGGCUUUAUUUCCUGGGCACUGCAGGCUUUUGGGCUCUUGUUACAUACUACUUUUUCUUCAGGAACAGUGGGAGAGAAAUUACCUGGAAGGACUUUGUAAAUAUGUUCCUGUCAAAGGGAGUUGUAGACCGUUUGGAAGUAAUAAACAAGCGUUAUGUUAAAGUGGUCUUUGCCCCUGGAAAAUCUCCAGUUGAUGGGUAUGUGUGGUUCAAUAUUGGCAGUGUGGACACAUUUGAACGAAAUUUAGAAAAUGCACAGCUGGAACUGGAUAUAGAAGGUGACAAAAAAGUACCUGUAGUCUACUCUUCAGAAAGUGAUGGGUCAUUUAUGUUGAGUUUGCUACCUACGGUAUUGAUCAUAGCAUUCCUUAUGUAUACUCUGAGGAGAGGACCUGCAGGAAUGGGCCGUUCUGGCAGAGGGAUGGGAGGCUUGUUCAGUGUUGGCGAGACGACAGCCAAGGUCCUGAAGGAUGAAAUUGAUGUGAAAUUUAAAGAUGUAGCCGGCUGUGAAGAGGCAAAGUUAGAAAUAAUGGAAUUUGUCAAUUUUCUGAAGAAUCCCAAACAGUAUCAAGAUCUGGGAGCUAAAAUUCCUAAGGGAGCUAUACUAACUGGUCCUCCUGGCACAGGAAAAACCUUGCUGGCCAAAGCUACAGCAGGAGAAGCCAAUGUUCCUUUUAUUACAGUCAAUGGCUCUGAGUUCCUGGAAAUGUUUGUUGGUGUGGGACCUGCUAGGGUUCGCGAUUUAUUUGUUCUAGCCCGAAAAAAUGCCCCCUGCAUUCUUUUCAUUGAUGAGAUAGAUGCAGUUGGAAGAAAGAGAGGUCGAGGAAACUUUGGAGGACAAAGUGAACAAGAAAACACCCUCAAUCAACUUUUAGUAGAAAUGGAUGGAUUUAACACUGCAACAAAUGUAGUAGUUUUGGCAGGCACCAACAGACCAGAUAUCCUCGACCCUGCACUACUGAGGCCGGGACGCUUUGAUAGGCAAAUUUAUAUAGGUCCACCAGACAUAAAAGGAAGGGCAUCUAUUUUUAAGGUCCACCUCAGACCUUUGAAACUAAGGGAAGAUGUAGAUAAGGAAGGAUUGGCAAGAAAGCUUGCAGCACUCACUCCUGGAUUUUCAGGUGCCGACAUCGCUAAUGUUUGCAAUGAAGCUGCUUUAAUUGCUGCUAGACACCUUUCAGAAGCCAUCAGCCUAAAGCAUUUUGAACAAGCCGUAGAACGAGUAAUAGGAGGUUUGGAGAAAAAGACCCAGGUUUUACAGCCCGAGGAAAAGAAGACUGUGGCUUAUCAUGAGGCUGGACAUGCAGUAGCAGGCUGGUUUUUAGAACACGCUGAUCCUCUUCUAAAGGUUUCCAUCAUACCACGUGGAAAGGGAUUAGGUUAUGCCCAAUAUUUGCCAAAAGAGCAGUAUCUUUACACCAAGGAGCAGCUACUUGACAGAAUGUGCAUGACACUUGGUGGGCGAGUAGCUGAACAGAUCUUCUUUGGAAGAAUUACAACAGGAGCUCAAGAUGAUUUGAAGAAAGUUACACAGAGUGCUUAUGCACAGGUUGUACAGUUUGGUAUGAAUGAAAAUGUGGGGCACAUAUCUUUUGAUCUACCUCGACAAGGUGAUAUGGUUUUAGAGAAGCCCUACAGUGAAGCAACUGCAAGAAUGAUUGAUAAUGAAGUGCGACAGUUAGUCAAUUCUGCUUAUGAGAGAACUCUGAAAGUUCUAACAGAGAAGAAAGCAGAAGUAGAAAAGGUUGCUCUGCGAUUGUUAGAGAAAGAGGUACUAGAUAAAAAUGACAUGGUGGAAUUGUUAGGACCACGUCCAUUUGCUGAAAAAUCAACAUAUGAAGAAUUUGUGGAAGGCACAGGUGGACUUGAAGAAGAUACCUCAUUGCCUGAGGGUCUAAAAGACUGGAACAAAGAUAGAGAAAAAAGAAGUAAAGAAACGACAGAAGAACAGAUUGCAAGCCAAAUCACUGGUGGGAUGCCAUUCUAGAAGCACACCGCAAUGCAUAAGUUAAAUUCAACAAAUUUUGCACUUUCUUAGGGCUUUGCAUCCAUUUUGCCUAAAUAUUGGUAGGCUUUGGUCAUAAAACCUUAAUGAGUCCUCCAGGGGGGUUUCCAUGUGAUAGAAACACACUUACACUUGCUAAAACAUGGACAAAGUGGCACUUUGUAAAACUACAACAAUGCUGUUCUUUUUUAUUCUAAUUAUAAUGUGUUGGGUCAAGAUAAGUAUUUCCUAAAUUUAAUUAAUUUGUUCCCUUCUGUUAAUAAAACUGUUUUUUUUUUUAA